ACAAGCGAGCCCCUCAGCCCCUGGCCCCGGCGGCCUCCUUCCACCGAAUUUCCUCUCGCUCAGAGCCGUCCCCUUCCUUCGUCGUCGUUCUCCUCCGUUCCACUCGCUGGACUGGGGCGGAGCGGAGAUCCGCUCAUCUGGACUUGGACUGCUUCUAGGUGGUUCGGUCUUGGGCUUGGGUGCCCCAUGUCGCCCGUCGAGUCCGCCGCCGCCGGCGCGGACCAGGCCGGCGAGAGGGCGGUCGUGCCGCACGAGGACGGUGUCGGCGGCGGCGGUGGCGACGUGGCCACGACGGAAGCUCAAGUGGCCAUGGUCGUUUCCACCUCCGGCGACGAGAGGCGGGUGGAGUACGGCGACGAUGCGGAGAACGAGGGGGAGGAGGCCGCGACGGUGCAGGGCAGCAAGGAGGGCACGGAGGAGCUGCUCCGGAAGGUGGUGUACAGCGAAGAGGCCGCCUACAAGCUCUACUGCGACUACGGCCACCGGAUGGGGUUCAGCAUCAGGAAAGGGAAGCAGUCCUACUUCACCGGCACCAAGCGGAUACGCACCAAGGACUACUUCUGCUCCAAGGAGGGGCUCAAGGAAGGGGAGAAGCUCACCGAUGCGAAUUUCAACGACCCGCAUACUAGGACCAACUGCAGGGCGAUGGUGCGGUUCAGGGUGAAUGAUCAUGGGGAGUGGAAGGUUAUCAGGCUGGUCUCUGAUCAUAACCACAACCUGGCAAGGCCAGAGGAACGGCACCUUUUGCGGUCUGCGAGGUCACUUAUAGCAGGGCGGUCAAGUUCAGUCGAGGCAAUGCUAUACGCUGGGUAUCAGGUACAAGGUGGUGCUCCACAAUUGCCUGCGGGGAGUACUAGUGCGACCAACAAUGUGGACAAUUCAAAGCAGCAUUUGCUACUUGGUUACGGUGCUGCGGUGAAGACGCUGACCGUAGGGACUGGAGACCUGCAGAGCCUUGUGAGCUACCUGAAAACCAGAGCAAAUGAAGAUGCAAUGUUCUACUGGGAUGUUCAAUUGGACCAAAGCGGUCGGAUGACUAAUUUCUUUUGGCGCGAUGGGAGGAGCAGGAUCGACUAUGACUGUUUCGGUGAUGUGAUUGUGUUCGAUUCGACUUACCGCUUGAGCAAACAGAACUUGAUAUGUGCACCUUUUGUUGGCGUGAACCACCAUUGGCAGACCACUAUGUAUGGCUGUGCGCUCUUAGCUGACGAAUCAAUGUCAGCUUUUGUGUGGCUGUUCAAAUCUUUCUUGGAGUCCAUGGGGAACCGGCAUCCUCAAUCUAUUUUCACGAAUCUUGAUCAAGUUGUGUCAAAAGCAAUUGAGGAAGUUUUUCCGAAUACAUGCCAUCGCAUUGCUCAUUGGCACAUCCAAAAGAAUGCCCAUUCUCGUCUUGGUUAUCUUAACGUUUCAAAAGGGUUCAAUAAGAUGUUCACCAAGUGCAUACAGGGAUGUGACUCAGAAACAGAGUUUGAGGAAACAUGGGCCCAAAUGAUCCAUGAAUUUAAGCUGCAGGAUAAUAAGUGGCUUAAGAAACUGUAUAAGCUCAAGCAGAAGUGGUGUAGCGCUCUUAACAAGGGCAACUUUGAUGGUGGGGUCGAGUAUGAGCCACAAUGUGAUACUAUGAGUAGCAUAUUCAAUAGUGUUGCUGAUAAAUUGACAUCUCUUUCUGCAAUUGCUGUUACUGUGGAUAAACAAUCUGAAGACUGGAGGGAAAAAGAAUUGGAGGAGGAUACGCGGUGUUUGCAAAAGCCACCUGCUUGUAUCAUAAAACACAGUGACAUUUUGAAUCACGCAGCAAAAGUUUAUACACAUAGAAUCUACAAGUUGUUUGAGACAGAUUUUCUUGAUGGGUGUGGUGCCACAAAAUUCAAGGAGCUUCCAUGUGAAGAUAAUAACACACAUCAAUUUGAGAUGACCAUGCAAGGGCGAGGAUCAAGAGUCUGCACAGUACGUCUCAAUAUGUCUACGAUGGAAUUAAGUUGCAGCUGCAGUAAAUUUGAGACAAUGGGUUUACUUUGCCCGCAUGCUCUGAAAGCUCUUAGUAUAAAAAAUAUAUGCAAAAUUCCAGAAAGCUACAUACUGAAGCGGUGGACCAAGGAUGCCAAGAAAUGGGUUUUUAACCCAAAACAAUAUGAAUCGUCAUAUCAGGAAUGCAUGGAUGAUGAUGCUGCAUACUGUAACUAUGUUAUGCGUUAUGCUUAUGACCUUGUGACAAAGAGCCAAGGACAGGAGGAAUUGAGGAAAGCACUGUGGGAAACUCUUGAGAGUGGUGAGAAAGAAUUGGAGAAACACCUAGGAAAUGGUACACAAUAUGCAGCUUAUGCCACUUAAAGAAUCACUAAUUAACCUUCUGGACUUACCUGCCAAGGAUGAGCAAGAUAUUUCCUGGUUCUUUGGAAGAUGCAUGCAGAACUUCUGACUCAAACUGUACUCUUUAAGAAAUGAAAAUAAAAGUUUUUCAAACGAGAUACAGGUUUGAGUAAGUUUCGUGCUUUCAACUUUGCUACUUAAUUCUUGUUGUAUUUCCUGCACUUUAACUGAUAUUCCAAUCUUUGGUACCACAACUUUGACAAUUCC